UCAGCACUGAAAUUAUCAGUAUUAUUAUAACUAAUUAAAUUUUAUUAUACUACAAAAUUUUAAACAUUACUUUCACACCAAGAAAUGCAAGAUAUUUCUAGUAAUAUUGUUCACAAAGUAAAAAUUUCUGUGUUAGCUAUUAUGGAUUAUGUUCAAUUUUUAAGCAAUUCUGUUCAUUCUAUUUCCCAGCAAAUUACUGCUCUUCUUUUAGCCAAGCACAGUAGUUGGUUACAAAAGUUUGGCAAGUUUGUCUUAUGAAAAGCAUUUAAAUAAAAUGUGCAUAAUGGUCAACUGAAAAGGUUGUUUUAGCAGUAAUAUAUGUGAUUUAUGUCAAGGUAGCUGAUUCACAUUAAGGAGACUUAUAAUUUCAGGAAAGUGGUGGCCAGGGUUUGGUUACGAAUAGGGUCAGGAAUUAUUAUUGCCAUUGCAUUCAACAUGUUCUGAGGCAUAUCUAUCCUAUUGUGCUCUUUCUCUAACAGUAAGGGCUGGAUCAUGAAGCAGACCUUGACUUCUUGUGCCAGUUUACAGAAUGUGUGGAGUUCACAAUAAAGUAUUAUUUAUUUAGUCAAUGGCAAAUUUGCUGUCUAACCAUGAGGUUAGGUUAGGCUAGUGAUAUGCUGGUGAUGAGGAUAUUUGUAAUGGCGUUACUAUCGUCCUGCCUCACGACCUUGAGCAUUCGUCAUGUUGAUGGUAACAGUUGUAGGAAUUUAGAAAUCAAGAGUUUGGAGUAGUCUACGAUGGCAUAACAUACAUAAGAAAAUAACGAAUAUUCGUCCAACAGUUUCUAGUUUUUGAAUACACGUGGGCAGAAUAUCAUGCUCAAUUGCAUCAUGGGAUUUUAAUCUUUGGUUAGAUACUAGAACCGCAGUUUCGGUGCAUAUUUUCCACAAAGCGGUAUUAAGACUUAGAAUUUAGUAAUGUUGUAUAACAAAAAAUAAAAAAAAAUUGUCUUUGGUUUACUGUACUCCCUUCUGUAGUAUUACUCCAUGUCUGUGUGUUUCUUCUUAAUCUAACAUGGCGUAUUCAGUGAAUAUAUCUGUUGAAGCUCCAAUUGAAAAUCAGAUUCAAGAAAUUACGUACGAUGGACAAGAAAUUUAUCAGUCACCGUUGUCAAUGUCAGAGAGUCUUGCUAAACUUGCCCAAAAGAUAGAUUUCAGUAAAGCAAGUACAGAAGACAUAAUAAAGGAAACUGGAGAACAAGACAAGACUGAUGAUGAUUCAACAACAAAGGAAGCUGCUACAUUCCAGUCAUCUCUGUGGCCAUGGGACUCUGUUAGGAAUAAGCUAAGAAAUGCACUGACAGAGGUGUGUGUUCUCGCAGAUGUUCUUGCAAUUGCAAAAGAGAAACGAUACAUUGUGUUAGAUCAAGUUCCUCAGGAGGCUUUGGAGACCAAACCAAUGGUUCAGGUGUAUGCACGCAAAAAGGCCUUGGCAGGUGCAGCUGCCGUUCUUUUGGCAGGAGCAGAGAGACUGCGAGCCUCACAGAAUGAAUUGGCACGCAAUCGAACCACACCUGAUUUCCACAUCGAGCUGCUUCGUCUGCGUCAGAACUGGAGGCUCAAGAAAGUUUCUAAUUCAAUCAUUGGUGAUCUGAGUUACAGGACAGCUGGUUCCAAGUACGCACAGACAGGGAUGUUUGAAGUGACAAAAGCUGAAGAAGAAUGUCAAACCACUGGAAGUCCUCCCCCGUCACCUGGAGCUGGUGCAGGUGUAGUACCUCCGAAGUCAAGUUCUGCACUGCGAGUGACUGUACCCAGUGAGCUGCAGGGUGUUGCAUAUAUUGAAGUGCUCUGUCAGAAAGACCAGGAAGAUCUGUGCAGCGCAACUAUAAACCUACUGGGUUCGGGUCCAACUAGCACUAACCCUGACGUGCACUGGCAGCAGAAAUUGGAGGCAGCACAGAAUGUUCUGUUCUGCAAGGAACUGUUUAACCAGCUGGCAAAAGAAGCUGUUCAACUGCAGGCGCCUAUCCCACAUAUGGUAGUUGGCAACCAGAUCAUGGCAACAGUGCUGCCUGGAAUCCAACUGAUCAUCGGCUUAUGUCAUAGUACAGGCACUGACAAGAAACCAAACCUGACACCUCCACAGAAAUCUGAACAUGAUCAUGUUUUGGAACACUCAUUGCAUCAACUUCUGCGUGAGGUACAUCAUAAGAACACACAUCACCCGUUUCCUCACCCCUCUUCAGGGCCACUAGGCCCGAGCAAGAAACGGUGCUUGGCAGGACCAAUGGCAGCUGACAGAUAUGAGCUACUGGAGAUGACUAAGAGCCAGACACUUUUGGAACAGAUAAUUCAACAGGCCCAACAUUUCUUUAUGCGUCUCCGCACAGAAUACGUGUUGGAUACAAUUGCAAAGGAGGUGAAGGACCCACUGAUUGUAUCGCAUUGGAAUGCACUCAACUCUCCCACACAGUCUUGUGUGAAAAUCAAUAUCAUGACACAUGGCUAUGACUCAGUCUAUAGGACACCAUUGGUUGUGCAUGUUGGGGAGAAGGCCCUGAAAUGUGUGUGCCGGGAUGGACGAGUUAUGCACAUGUCAUACGAACCACAGGAGCUACGAGACCUCGUCUUUUGUCAGAUUUACCAACAUCAGAUUACUGCAGUGCAGGGACUAGCCAAGUGCAUGGGUUGGCAGUACCUAGCGAACAGCACACAUCUUGGGCUUGGGGCUGUGGAGCCACUGGGCAAUGCCAGCAGCUGUAUUCUGGCUUCUCCGAUAGGUGACCGAAUUAUUGCAGUGCGUUGCGAGCCACAAACUGGCGUCCAAGUUGCCAUUGCACAGUCACCACGUAAGGACUUCUUUCCAGGUCAGCUGGUCAAAGAGCGGAAAUGGGAAAAUCUUGGCGGGAGUUUCAAGGAAGUUCGAUGGGACAAAAUGGAGGGAAAGAAUUUUCUUAACAAGAUGGAACUCUUGAUGUCAAGCUUGACAAGUUCACAGUGAGCUCAUUUGCAAGGCACAAAUUUGUGUGGUACCAGGCGAAUAGCAGGUGUUGCACGGAGAUUUAAAGAUAUGAUCUGUAUAUAUCUGAAAACUUUGGUCACAGGAGUUUGAUUACGUAACUACUGUGGUUAUAACACCGUUAUGUGAUCAUAUAUAUUUAUAUGUGAAUAAGUUCAGGAGUCUUUUGGUAUGAAUCGUUUGGAGUUAAAAACAUAAAACUUCAUUUGCUGUUCCAGAAGAACACAUCAAAGUGUUCAGAUCUCACCUUUUGCUUCCAGCCACUUUUUUUUAGGAAAAUAGCAUUUUACUAGAAUAACAACUCAUAGGUAGUCCUCAUACCAGAUUGAUUUAAAAACUGGAGUAUAUGUGAGUACCAUUUGAAGUAUUAGCUCCAGUCAUCACCAUUACUAAAACUGGCCAUGUGUCGCACUAGCAUGCUGCUAGACUGGGUAACCCAGGAGUUAAAAUCUGACUGACAGCCCCAUAGUACGUGUGUUUAAAUCACAUAUUCCCAUAUGAUAACAGUUAAUUUGAAUAAAAUUAUUAUUUUUCACCCUCAGACAUUAUUAAGCUGUGAAACAUCUUUAAAUCCAAAUAUGCCAUAAGAUUAGGACCCCUUCAGUGUUUCAGAAUACUAGAACACUUGUUUUCGUAGUGUAAUGACAGAAAUAAACUGAUAGUAUUAGUUUGUACACCACAUCUACGUACAGAGAAUUAAAGGACAGAAACGUAGAUUGUCCCUAGAAUAGACAUUACAAGUAAAUGUACUAUUUGGGCAUUACAGUAUGAGGAUCAUCCACAGCCCAUGUAUGUAUUCAUGUUGAUAUUUAAAGAGUUGAAGUCCACACAUUGUAGGUUGUAGAAACUAAAUGUUAUAAACUGAAAAUGCUCUCCAUAUGUAUGUUAACUGGAAGUUUAAAAGAAUUUGUCUUGAAAUAAGGUGGGACUGACACCUUAUCAUCUGAUUAGAUCUGUAACACUGGGUCUGAGCACAAGCUGUGAAGAGGUACAGGGGAAUGGAGGUAAAGCUGUAUGUAUAUUUAACCUUGUCUUGCUUCAAGUGCUUUCCCCAAGUGAAAGAGUCCCCCGUAUCGAACCGGAGGUUCAGUGGUCCCUAGAGCUGUUUAAACAUUGCAGUAAGGAAAGAAUUCUACAGCUUCUAUCCAAUUUAUAACCCAUUAUUUUUACUGAUUGAGCAAUCAAAGCUCACAAUUAGACCUUUUAAUAUUUAAUUUUUUCUUGUUGCAUUUGGUUUGUGGUUCUAUAA